AUGGCGGCCGAGAAGAAGCUUUUGGUGACGUCAUAUAGCCGUAUGAUUGACUCUAUUGAGUCACGUUCGGAAAAAAUGCUGAUCUUUGUGCGUUCUUUUGAUCCCGAGAAGCAAGACAAGUCGAUUCUCGAAGACAAGCUAGAGUCGGUUGAAGCCAUGCGUUCUUUGUUUCAUGAGACUGAGGUUAAGUUGUAUGGCGUUAUCAAGGAAGAUGAGGUCCAGUCGUGUCAAAUGACCAGUGAGAAGUUAGAAGACCUGUUCGAUGAGAUACGUCACAUUAUUCGAACCAAACUUCGUGCGAUUGAUCCUCCCAAGCCAGCGAGUGCACAGGUUGUAGUUGCGACUGCCCAACAAACCCAACCAAAGCUACCAGACAUCCCUCUUCCUCGUUUCAACGGACAGUUGGAGGAUUGGAUUUCCUUCAAAGGUCAGUUCAAUGCUCUGAUAAAGCGUCGGGAAGGUCUUUCAGAAAGUGAGAAAUUGUUUUAUUUGAAGGCAGCCAUUCAAGAUGGUGCCGCCCGCCAUAUUCAAUCGUCCGAAGACACUUUCGCGUCCCUUUGGAAAGCCCUUAGCAGUGAGUUUGAGAAUAAAAAACUGCUGGUCGACAAGCACAUUGCUCAGUUGUUCCACUUAAAACCAAUAAUUCACCCCGAGCGAAUCCCAGCGGAUGUAGUACUGGCAGAUCCUAUGUUCAAUCGAUCGCGACGAAUCGAUAUGCUGUUGGGAAUCCAAGUAUUCAACGAAUUAUUUACUGGCCAAUCUUUUUCGUUGACGAAUGAUCGUACGUUCUGGUGCAAAGAAACGAUUUUUGGAUGGGUUGUUGGCGGAGUAGUGAACGAGCAAGAAGAAAGGUCAACUUCUACGAAUUUUUGUGCAGUCAUGACGAACGAGGCAUUAAGUGAACAGAUUAAUCGAUUUUGGGAGAUGGAGGCGCUUCCCGAAGCACGUAAACUGACUCAAGAAGAACGAGCAGCAGAGCGAAGUUUUUCGGAUACAUGCCGGAGACUUCCAGAUGGACGAUAUGAAGUAGGUCUCCCUACAAAAGAAACUAUUCAAAAGCUCGGAGAUAGUCAGACUAUGGCGUUGCGAAGAUUUGUGCAGAUGGAGAAGCGAUUGUUGCAUGAUUCCAACCUACGAGAUCAGUAUCGAACAUUCAUGAACGAUUAUCAAGAGCAGAGUCAUAUGAUCAAACCGAAGCAACAUUGUCCAACAGGAUAUUUCAUGCCCCAUCACGCGGUGUUCAACCCCGCGAGCACCACCACGAAGACGCGAGUCGUAUUCGACGCAUCCGCUGCUACUACAAGCGGAACCUCCCUAAAUGAUCACUUAUUUGUUGGUCCUGUUCUACAGCGAAAACUGACUGAUACCGUGCAAAGAUUUCGUGUUCCAAAGGUAGUGUUUACAGCAGACAUAACUCAGAUGUUCCGACAGAUCCAAAUUAGACCCGACGAUUGGAAGUAUCAGCAAAUUUUCUGGCGGAUAGAGCAAGGACACCCAUUGGAGAUCUUUCAGUUGACCACGGUUACGUACGGAACGGCUUGUGCACCGUUUUUGGCCACGAGGACGCUGGAGCAAUUGUGCAAGGAUGAGAGCAAACGGUUUCCUUUGACAUCGAAGGCAGGGACUGAAGAUUUUUAUGUGGAAGACCUGUUGAGUGGAGCUGAUACUGUUGACGAGGCUUUAGCGUUGCAAAACGAAUUCAUUCAGAUGAUGGCUUCUGGAGGGUUCAAGUUGCAUAAAUGGGCUUCUAACCAUCCCGAAUUAUUACAGUCGGUACCGAACGCCGAUUCAGAGCAGAUUGCAUUUUUUGAGGACGAGAAAACUACACGCACGUUGGGGUUAACUUGGCAACCCCGUAGGGAUGUGUUCCUGACCAAAUUGCACGAGAUCAGUUUCCACUCAGGACCUAUAACAAAGCGAUCUGUGUAUUCGAAUAUAGCAAAGUUGUAUGACCCGUUGGGCCUCCUUGGUCCAGUAAUUUUUGCGGCGAAGGUGCGACUACAGAAAUUGUGGAAACUGGAAGUUGACUGGGAUGAAGUUUUAGCCGAAACUUAUGCUGAAUCAUGGGUAACUUUCCGCAAUCAACUUGUUCAGAUGGGAGAAAUAGCUAUACAACGCGGCGUAUUGCCAUCUCAGCCACCACGUCAGGUGGAACUACAUGGCUUCUGCGAUGCCUCCGAUUUGGGCUACGGUGCAUGUGCCUACAUCCGCUCUAUCGACGACAACGGUCACUACAAAGUUGCCUUACUCACCUCAAAGUCUCGAAUCGCACCCUUCAAGAACGCUAAACUGACUAUACCGCGCCUUGAACUUUGCGGAGCGCUUGUACUUGUACGAUUGAUUUCUAACAUAACGCACAAUUUAAAUAUUACCUUUUCCAGAAUCAUUCUCUGGUCAGAUUCCACCACAGUACUAUCCUGGAUAAGAACUGAUCCCACCAAACUGAUGACGUUCGUAAGCAACCGAGUUAUUGAAAUCCAGGAACUAACGAAGAACAUAGAAUGGAGACAUAUUGGGACUCAUGAUAAUCCCGCUGACGUAAUAUCGCGAGGGCUUAUGCCUUGCGAAAUCCGAGCAUGCACACUCUGGUGGAUGGGAGCAAGUUUACUGUCCCAAAACGAUAAUACUUGGCCAACGAGCAUCCAACACAUACCGCCAGAGCAACUCCCGGAAACGAAAAAACCCUCGAUCAGUCUCACAGUUACAGAACCAACGACGUUCACCCUGUUCACCAUCGAAAGUAACUAUCGCCGAAUGCAACGAGUUAUGGCGCUAAUGUUGCGGUUUAUUGAUCAUCUUCGUCAAGACGACCGCAAAGAACAUCGCUACGGACAUCUGAAUGUACGAGAACUUGAUGAUGCAACAAUGGCGCUGACGAGAAUCGUCCAGAAGGAAGCAUUCCCACAGGAUUUUGAUUGCCUGGAAGCUGGAAAGGUAAUCCAUAAAAAUAGUCAACUUAUCACAUAUUCUGUGUUCCCAGACAAAUCACGGUUCAAGGUGCUACGAGUUGGCGGUCGGAGCCGUCAUGCGACGUGGAUGCCAUUGAGUCAACGACAUCCCAUGGUGCUACCAUCUCGACAUCCGUUUACACAUGCUGUUGUUCGAGCUUACCACAGUGAAUCCCUUCACGCUCCUCAACAGUUGCUGCUUAGCAUACUGCAACGUCGGUUUUGGUUGGUACAUGGCCGCAGCACAGUACGAUGGGUACUCAGACGGUGUGUUACUUGCUUCAAGGCGAAGCCGGCGAUAAUGCAACAAAUGAUGGGUGAUUUGCCAAAGUCCCGUUUGGAAGGCGGCUUUCCAUUCCUGAAUGCUGGGGUAGACUUCUGCGGGCCGAUCUACAUUCGUCAGCAUAAUAAGCGAUCAACGAUCACGUACAAGGUGUAUGUGGCGGUGUUUCUAUGUUUCGCAACCAGAGCGAUCCACCUGGAGCUGGUUGGGGAUAUGACGGCAGAUGCCUUCAUCGCGGCCUUGCAACGAUUUAUCUCACGCAGAGGUAAAUGUGCGAAAUUAUUUUCCGAUAAUGGCCUUAAUUUUGUUGGUAGCAAAAACAAGUUGAGGGAGAUGUACGACAUGUUCCAGUCCCAGCUCUUUAAGCACAAGCUGGACGAUUUCUGUUCAAAAACGGCCAUCGAAUGGCAUCUGAUCCCGCCCAGUGCUCCACAUUUUGGCGGCCUCUGGGAGGCCGGGGUUCGAUCCGCCAAAUAUCACCUCAAGCGAAUUACUGGCACUGCCAACAUGAACUUCGAGGAAUAUAGUACAGUACUUACUCGAAUUGAAGCUGUGCUUAACUCGAGGCCAAUCACGCCGAUGUCAGUGGAUCCAACCGACACACAACCUCUUACUCCAGGACAUUUCUUGGUCGGUCGCCCGUUGACCGAUAUCGCCGAACCUGACGUCACCGACCGCAAGGAAACGACACUUUCUCGUUGGCAGCGACAGACGCAGAUGGUACAACAUUUUUGGGCUCGCUGGUCCCACGACUAUAUCACAACACUACAGAAUCGAAAUAAAUGGCACAAACGUUUCGCUGUUAAACCGGGGCUAAUGGUGAUCGUACGCGAAGACAAUCUUCCGACAAUGCAGUGGAGACUAGGGAGAAUCAACAACGUCAUUCCGGGCCCAGACUGCUUGGUGCGAGUGGCCGAUGUUCGUGUGUGUGGAAAAAUUAUCAGACGACCUAUCGCUAAAUUGUGCCUGCUCCCAAUUGAGGAUAACGACCUUGCUCAGGUCCCAGUAGCUAACGAAGAGAGUAGCAAUUGA